CGCCCACCAGCGCAGCGGGGUCCACGCCCCUCGCCCGCCCCCUGUCCGCUGUUUCCAGACGCCCGCCGGCGGUUGCCUCGGCGACGCCCCCGAGGCGCGCUGCGUGAGGCCAUGUAUCAGGUGCCGGAUUUUUGUUCCGGGAGGAGGCGGUUGAACUUGCAGACAGCUUCCCUGCAGGAUGUUGUUUGCAAAAUAAAAAGUCUCCCUGCGGAAGAAGCAAGCUUUCCUGCUCUGGGUGCGAUCCCGGGAGACGAUAGGCCGCAGUUGGGAUUACGAUUAGGGACCUGGUACUGGAAAGAUGAAAGCAGAACUCUUGAAUUCAGAAGUUUUACACCUGCAGUGGAACUCAGGGAAAAAGGAAAGAAAGGCAAAGCAGUCCACUUUGCUGAAAUUGAUGGUCCAGCUUCAGACAGGUCGACAGAUAAAAGGUUUGCUUCAAAAGAUGAUAAGUCACCUAAAGCCUUAGAGAAACGAGGUCAGCAGGGCAACGUCACACUGCAUGAUGCUAAAUUUGUUGCUUUGCUUUUACUACAAGAUACUGAGAUGCAGCGGAUCUGUUCUUUUACAACAUUCAUGAGAGGCUUUGCAGAGAAAAAAGAGAUAGAAUUGAUUCUAAGUAAGUUAGAAGCAGCACAGAAAUACCUGGCAGAGAAGUACUGUGUCCUUGUCCUGGGCUUGGCAAUGCCUGACAAGCAUCAUAUGUGCUGUGGGAAGGAGAAAAUAUCAGAUACACAAAAAGACUGGAAAUUCUUUGAGUCCUUUUAUACGUUCUGCACAUAUGUAGCUUGGAUUGUCUUCCGACGUCAGCACUUCACAGAGAUUGAAGAUGAAAUUGGGAGGCUCUUUCGUACCAGUAUGUUCAACAUUCCUCGAAGGAAGCGUGAGAAUGAAGAAUCAGGAGGGGAAAAGAAAUGCAUGACUUUUGUACAAUUCAGGAGAAUGAUGGCAAAGCGCCCAGCAAUUAAAAAAGCCGUUAAUAUGCGCUCUCCAGUCAUGUCUGCUCUGCUGCCAUCUCUCCAAGAAAAAGCUCAGAAUAUCUUGGAGAAAAAGUAUCAUCAAGUGGGCAUCGAACUCCCAGCCCAGAUGCAAAAGCAGAUGGGAAGUCUGGACUCUGUGCCCAUGCCAGUAGUUGGCAUCUUAGGGGAACCUCGAUGUCUGUUCAACCCCCAUACCCUUCUCCCUCUUGAACCAGAAGAAACCACAAAAGCAUCUGGGAGAAAGUCUUCCCUGGUAGAAAGAAAUAACAUGAGGAAUCAGGAUACGCUGGACUCAGUCAUAAGAACACUGUCCUCUCAAACAACAUUCCCUUAGUAAUCUGGUACAUCAGAUUUCUGUAAUUUAAGUCCCUGUAUCUGAAAUAAACUACUUUGAUUUCAUCAAUUUAUGUAGGGCAAAUAUUUGUUACUAUUAAACUUUUUAAAUUGUUCAAAUUAUUUUGUUGAAAGUUCAACAAUAAACUAUGAAAGAAUUCCAUAAAUCUCUUGAAAAACUCAUUUUCCUAUAUUUAAUAGUUUGCUUUGUUAUUUAUUUACUUCCUUGGCUUCUAUGUAACUAUCUAGACUAAUGUAUUGGAACAUUUAGCCAGUGUUCUAGUAGGCAAGUGAAGAAAUACACUCUAUUUAUUCAUUUCUAAGUGCCUUUUUUACUUUA